AUGGCAGUCCUCGUCCCCAAUCACAGUCAGUAUACCCCCGUCUGCUGCUGCCUCUUUCAUGGCAUACGAGAAAGUAUGAAGUCGCGAUCACUGCUACUACCUUACAGUAUUGCCUUGGGUCUGCUAUCGAUUGGAAGGUCCUGGUGGGACGCGCUGGGCAUCCUUGGGGGAUUAUCGGCCGUACGGGCGGCGCCCCGGCCCUUCUCGUCGUCCCGGAGUUUCGUCAAACUCCCGGAAGCCUCCUCAACGCUACUACAAAUGCACAGUCUUUACGUGAAACAGCCUCCGCACGAUCGCACUUUGUACAAUACGCUCCAAGUCUGUCCAAACGCCACGGCGCACGAAAUUACGCGUGCGUAUCGGCGAUUGAGUCGGACCCUGCAUCCCGACAAGCAAACCGGCUCGACCGUACAUACAAGCAACGUAGACCGCUUGGAGAACAUCCGUCACGCCUACGAAGUCCUCAAAGACGAUGCUACGCGGUUACCGUAUCACCGUUACGGACUCUUGGAUGCGUCGCACGCCGUGCUCUUACUCACGGGACACGGUGGUGUGGGAAACGGUCGUCACAGCCACGAUCCAGCCUUGGACGAUCUCCUCCGUCUCGUGGGAUACGCUCGGGAAACGCCGGCAUUCCCGGCCAAUAGCAUUGGUGGUACGACGGAUGCGGAAAUCCGACGACAGCAUCACCAAGCGCGAGUGUACUAUCUAGCAUCCCAUAUUCUGGAGCGUAUACGACCCUUUGUCGAAAAUGCCGUCGACGCCACGACCUUGACUACCGUGUGGACGGAAGAAUGCGACGCUGUGAAAUCGUUGCCUUUGGGAUCGCAGAUCCUCCGUUGCGUGGGUCGAGCCUAUUGUUACACGGCACGCAAAACGCUCCGGAAAGGACCCCGGACGACCAAUGUAUCCGGUGGUGCAUCCCUCCGUAGCCUGCCGUCACCGGCCCUUCCCGACGCGGUACGCGAUGGAUACCGCAGUGCCAAGCAUCUGUUCACCGCAGCCGUGGCGAGUGGACGAGUCGUCGUGACGGAACACCUGUCGAAAAGCGCGAAGUCAUCCACGACAACCACCCAAGCUGGCGGUAGGGCAUCACAAAACUUUCUCACCUGUCAUUUUGAUGACGACCUGGAUGUGGGGACACUACCAGGAGAAACAACAGAUACAGCUCCCACGGACGAAGAAAUCAAACAAAACGAAAAGGACAAGGCCCGGGCCGCACUUUUGGAAUCGCUCCAAGUCGAAGCACUCUGGAAGAUUAGCAAGCUAGACUUGGAUCGGACAAUUCGCGAAGCGUGCGAAUUGAUUCUACAGGGCGACUAUUUUUUCUUUCCGUCACACCAAAGCGUGUCUCCCAGUGAUUGGCAGCGACAGGAUCAUGGGUGGGUAGGAUCGACGGGACGCGUCAUUGGUACCGAUGAAGGGCGAUUCCGUGCGGCACAGGCGCUCGAACUUCUGGGGAAAAUCAUGGUACAGCGUUCCAAAGAGGGCACGUCAUGGAAGGCGUGAGCGGUACCGUCGUGCAAUGCCUGCAUCGAGCGACAAAAGUACACAAGUACUCGUUCUACCAGUACUCGCCCACCCUCGUUUCUGCAUGCUGCGCAUCGAAUCAAGUCAAAGCAAGAGGAAAAGAGUAUUGGAGUCUGCUGAACCAGAGCGCGGGUCCCCUGUCGUUCAAGAUGUGAACAUUGGAGGGGGGGGAGGGGGAUUGGCAAGAACCAAAUGCCCGUAAGCUUUCAACGCGCUCACGCACGUUGUGACAAGAGGCCAAGAUGGCCAUCAGUAUACGGUCCAAACGGUCGCUUAUGUUGUGUAGGACCUGCCUCUUGACAGGAACGCAACGAAGAAGGCCAUGACGUACAAAUACUAGGCUCCGCAAACAAAGCCGAAAAGAAUUCGCGAAUCUCAAUCUUCCUACUCGAAUAAGAUUGUUUUUUGAACCGUAUAGGUAUCUGCCAUC